UAUAAACAAAGAUGUGUGAGAGCACACCUGUCAGUCGUCCAGGUGAACUCAGGGAAACAGUCUAAAGCAGUGAUGGCUGGUUUGAAUUUGACCUUCUUACUCAUGUUGUCCCUGCUGGUAGGGGUCACAGAAGCUUCACUACCACAAUUCAGCCACCAAGGAGCCAUGGCCCAUGGAGACAUCAUCAUUGGAGGUCUUUUCCCCAUCCACGAGGCGGUGGAGACAGUGAACAAUACUGGCUUAGACAGCUCCUCUACUCCUCAGCGUCCAAACUGCAGCAGAUUCUACACAAAAGGUCUAAAUCAGGCUCUAGCUAUGAUUCAUGCUGUGGAAAUGGCAAACAGAUCACCCAUGUUGAGCAGUUUGAACAUUACUCUUGGAUAUCGCAUCUAUGACACAUGUUCUGAUGUCACGACUGCACUUUGGGCCGUCCGAGAUCUCACACAGCCUUUCUCAGACUGUGACUCACCAACAAACUCUUCUCAACCGGUCCAGCCGAUAAUGGCAGUAAUUGGGCCCUCUUCUUCUGAGAUCUCCAUCGCAGUUGCCAGGGAACUCAACCUUCAGUUUAUUCCACAGAUAAGUUAUGCAUCUACAGCUACAAUUCUGAGUGACAAAAGUCGUUUCCCUGCUUUCAUGAGGACUGUCCCCAAUGAUGAGUACCAAACCCAUGCCAUGGUACAACUUCUGAAGGACAAUAAAUGGACCUGGGUUGGCAUUAUCAUUACAGAUGGAGACUAUGGGCGUUCUGCUAUGGAAAGUUUUGUUAAGCACACUGAAACCGAGGGAAUUUGUGUGGCCUUUAAGGCAAUCCUACCAGACUCACUAGGAGAUGAACAAAAAUUAAACAUCCAAAUCAACAAGACUGUGGACAUCAUUGAAAAAAAUACCAAGGUUAAUGUGGUGAUCUCAUUUGCUAAAGCAUCUCAAAUGAAGUUGCUAUUUCAGGGCCUGCAUAGGAAUGUUUCUAACAAGAUAUGGGUGGCCAGUGAUAACUGGUCAACAGCUAAACAUAUUCUGAAAGACGUAAACCUCUCAGAUAUAGGGAAUGUAUUGGGCUUCACCUUCAAGAGUGGAAAUGUUACAACUUUUCAUCAAUACCUAAAGGAUCUCCAGUUUGAAAUUGAAGCUGAGCUGAAAAAUCCAUUCCUGGAAGAAUUUUUUAAACAGCCUGAAAUAGGAAAUGCUGCAAAUGCAAUACAGAACCUGAUCAAAAACACAUAUUUGGACAUGGUCUUCAGUGUUCAGAUGUCAGUCAGUGCUAUUGCUAAUGCUGUGGCUGAACUAUGUGUAAAAAAACAGUGCAAGACCCCUACAACUAUCCAGCCCUGGGAGCUCUUAAAACAGUUGAGGAACAUCACUUUUGAGAAAGAAGGAGAAAUUUACAAUUUUGAUGCAAACGGCGAUAUCAAUUUGGGCUAUGAUGUCUGCCUAUGGGAAGGACCUGAAACUGAGGAACGUGGCAUAAUCGCAGAAUACUAUCCAUCUAACAGCAGUUUCACUUUCACUAGGAAAAAUCUAAGUGAUAUUGAGAAUGUGGUAUCUAAGUGUUCAGAAAGCUGUCAACCAGGGGAGUAUAAAAAAACAGCAGAGGGUCAGCACACUUGUUGUUAUGAGUGUCUCGUCUGCGUGGAAAACCAAUACUCCAACCUAACCGAUGCAGAUGCAUGUUCCAUGUGCGACACUGAGAAUAUGUGGUCAAGCACUAAUAGCUCAAAAUGUCUUCACAAGCUUCAUGAGUACUUUGAGUGGAAUUGUGUGUUCGCUGUCAUUCUGUUGAUGCUGACUGCCUUCGGGAUCCUCCUCCUCUUCUCAGUGUUUGCACUGUUCUUCUGGCAAAGGGACUCUCUGGUGGUAAAGGCUGCAGGCGGGCCGCUUUGCCAUCUGACACUUUUCUCGCUGCUGGGUAGUUUUGUCAGUGUAAUUUUCUUUGUGGGUGAACCAAGCAAUGAGACAUGUAUGGUGAGGCAGGUCAUCUUUGGCCUGAGCUUCACGCUGUGUGUUUCAUGCAUCUUGGUGAAGUCCUUAAAGAUCCUUUUGGCGUUCCAGAUGAACCUAGACCUGAAGGAGCUUCUUCGCAAACUCUACAAGCCGUAUGUGAUCAUCUGCAUCUGCAUGGGGCUUCAAGGCACCAUUUGCACUAUUUGGCUGACCUUGCACAUGCCAUUUACAGGCAAAGUGGUGCAGCCCAAAUCCAUUCUCCUGGAAUGCAAAGAGGGCUCUGAUGUGAUGUUUGGGUUAAUGCUAGGUUACAUAGCUUUUUUGGCGCUGAUAUGUUUCACAUUUGCUUAUAAAGGCAGAAAACUUCCGCAGAAGUAUAACGAGGCCAAGUUCAUCACAUUCGGUAUGCUAAUCUACCUCAUGGCCUGGGUCAUCUUCAUCCCAGUGUACAUCACAACCCAUGGCAAAUAUGUACCGGCUGUGGAGAUGGUUGUUAUUCUCAUUUCAAACUACGGGAUCCUGAGCUGCCACUUUUUGCCAAAGUGUUACAUAAUUAUUUUCAAAAAGGAGCAUAACACCAAAGAUGCAUUCCUGAACAGUGUUUAUGAAUAUGCUAGAAAGAGUGCUGAGAACAUCAGGGGCUUGACUGGAACUGAUCCACAGAGAAAAACAGAGAAUUCAGUCUACGUCAUUUCCAAUCCAUCACUUGUGACUGAGGAGAAACAAGUUUCUGUACCAAAAAUAGAUAAUGUGGCUUAA